AUGGUUUUAAAGAGCAUUAAAACUCUUCAGGCUAUUCCCGAAAUGGUUGCACAAGCCAUCUCAAAAGGUGUUGACAGGGAUUUAUUUGUCCACUACAUGUUCAUGGACAAUGAGUUUGAGCUCCCAACUGGAGCAGGUUUGCAGCUGAAGUUUGCCUUGUCUGGAAUAGUGACACCUGGAGCCAAAGUAGCUUUGAAGCUUCAUCAGAAAAGCAUGCAAGCAGAACUCAUUGCUAAACCUUCAGUAGCAAUUGAAUUUGUAACACACCUGGGAAUAAACAUGCCUGAAUUUGCUAGAAGUGGCGUGGAGGUGAAUUCUAAUAUAUUCCAUGAGUCUGGAAUUGAAGCACAUGUUAGUAUGAAAGCCGGACAGCUGAAAUUCAGCAGUCCUGCUCCAAAGACUCCAACAAAGCUCCUCAGUAUCAGCAAUACGCUACACUUGGUGUCUCCAGCCAAAACUGAAGAGAUUCCACCUCUGAUUGAGAACCGAGAAACCUGGACUUCUUGCAAGCCUUUCAUUGCUGGUCUAAAUUUCUGCACUAAAUUAUUGUACUCUAAUGCCAGUGCCACAGAGUCAGCUCCAUAUUAUCCCUUGACUGGAGAAUCCAGAUUUGAAGUUGAAGUAGUGUCCACAGGUGAAGUGAAGGAAUACUCUGCAAGUGCAAACUAUGACCUGCAGAGAGAGGGAAAUGACCUGAUAGACACGUUAAAGUUUGCUGUCCAGGCAGAAGGUGUAAAGCAGCAUGAGGCCACAUUGACCUUCAGGUACAACAGAGACAGAAAGACUUUGACCAGUGAUGUCCACAUUCCAGAUGUUGAUGUUGACUUUGGUACAAACUUCAGAAUUACUGGUGAAUCCAUUUCUGGGAAGAAAGCAUAUACCUUUGUCUUAGACUUUAACAACAAGAAGAUUUCUGAAGUUACUCUUACUGGCCAGAUCAGAUACGCUGGAAUAGAAGAGGCAAUGUUAAGGGGCACCAUUUCUAUUCCUCCCCUGCAAACUGAACUUAGAACUGAAGCAAAGGUUAAUUAUUCACCAACUGAAGGAUAUCUUCAGCUGAGCUCAGCUGCAACAACUCAUGGAAACUCAAUUUCAGAAAGACUUCUUGUCAGAUAUGAUUCUGAGAAAGUUGAGCUAGAGUGGCGUUCAGGUGCCAGUGCUGCUGUGAAAAAAAUGUCUUCUGGCUUUGCAGUUGACUUUUCAGACUACUCAAAACCUUUAGAGAAGCAUGCCAAUGAACUGCUGGAUCAGAAGGUGGCUCAUACUAAUAUGACACUGCGACAUAUUGUGUCACAAUUUAUUGUGGCAACCAACACCUGGCUGCAAAAGGCAUCAAGAGAUGUCCCCUAUGCCCAGAUUCUGCAAGACAAACUAAGUGGACUGCAGGAACUGAACAUUCAGAAAAUUAACCUGCCUGUUAUCACCAUUCCUGAAGAACUCUUCCUGAAAAG